AUGGAGAUGAGCUAUCCCUAUCCUAUACGGAGCAAGUUCAACCCACAGAACUCUUACACCGAUAUCGACUACGACAUGACUUCGCCAUUGGACUCCGAUGGCUCCAACUUCCCAUGCAAAGGCUACCAGAAUGAUGCGUCGAUACAGUCUACUGCGAGAUACGCAGCUGGUUCCACAUACGAGAUGACACUAGCAGGAAGUGCAACCCAUAUGGGCGGGAGCUGUCAGAUAUCGCUAUCCUAUGAUCAAGGAGCGACCUUUCAUGUGAUCAAAAGCAUGAUCGGUGGCUGCGCACUGACGAGCUCCUACAACUUCACCAUCCCAUCGUACGCAUCAGCCGGCUCAGCGCUCCUUGCUUGGACCUGGCAGAACUUUGAGGGCAACCGGGAGUUCUACAUGAACUGUGCAGAAGUGGACAUUUCAUCAACAGCUACCAAGCGACGACGCAGAAGACAGGCAACCAGUGCUUUCGACCAACUACCCUACAUCUGGAAGGCCAACCUCGAAGGCCUCAAUGACUGCGUAACGACAGAAGGCGAGAAUCCCAUCUAUCCGAAUCCUGGCCCAGAUGUCAUCUACGGAGGAACAGCAAGCAGCUCAGAUCCACCGACACCGGGCGACUGUGAUGAACCAACCCCGUACGGGCAGACAUACUUGGCUCUGAGAGAUACAGGGCCCGAGAUGUCAUCUGCGCCCAGCAACGUCUCUGCGUACGGCACAGAUACAGCCCCAGGAGGGUCGCCUCCAAGCAACAUGUCGGCAUACGGUGUUUCCCAACUCGGCUCCAACGUCAAAGCCGUCCAGAGCCAGGCCGAAGACCCGUCGCAAUCAUACACAACGACUACUCUCACUAUUGACUGUCCAGACACGGGGACUGUCACGCUAUACCCAAGCACUACAACAUUCACGACCACUCAUUCACUAUCCCUGUACCGGAACAUCCGCCUCUUGUCCAUGUGCAAAUGGCUACAAGUGUUCUGA